GCCACAGCCUGCGGUGGCAGCCAGCCACAGCCGCUCACAGCCUCGCACCCAGCAGGCCCGUCGCUGUUCCCGCGUCCCCCGCGCUCCCAUGGACUCUCAACAGAGCCAUCGGUGCCCACGGCUGUGGAAGCUGCGCGCCAGCAGCCACGUAAGAUCAGCUUCCGGCGGUCGCGAGAGGCAGCGUUUGAGGAACGCGUGCCGACAGCCAGGCAAAGCGCGCCUAUAUAUAGGCCCGUCUCACUGCGGUGUAUUCCAACCUGCUGCGGUGCAGGCCGUGGCCACUCUUCUUUCCCACUCAUCUUAUACCCUUCCACACCUUCCACACGCCUCCCCCGCCGCCCCGUUCACGACUAUCUAUUAACCAUGCAGCUCCUCGCCCUCGCCCUGCUCGCUUCCGCCCCCGCCGCCGUCACUGCAGCGUCAUGCUCCGGACUUAGUACUGGAGCAAUGGUUGCCAUAAUCGUCGAGAGCGUUGUCAUCUUUCUUCUCAUCGUCUGGCUCCUUACUAUCCUGCGCCAACUGCAAGUAGCACGGAACAAGCUCAAGGCCGCCCUUGCUCACGAAGAGCAGGAGUACAAGCGGGGUGCAGCAUCAGAGGGUCAGGCUGAUCGCCACCACAGUACGACAUCGCUGGUGCAGUCUCCGCAGGAUGACCACUUCGAGGAGAGCCAGGUAGCACUCCUGCCUCCUCCGUCUCUCCGCCCGCAGUCCCGUUCAUUUUCCAGCCCUUCGAGUCUUCGAUCGUCCACGCUCUACGACUUCGCACCGCAGCAGGAGGACUUCGGCUUCGAUCUCAAGUCAUAUCGCCCUACGACGUUGGUGCAGCCGCCCGCGCAUGUCCCCGAGGUCUCGACGACCACCCUGCCAAACCCGCACAGCGAGCACGGCCAUGGUGGCGAACACGGCGGUGACGAUGAGGAGCAGUCCAUGACACAUGAAUCCCUUCUGGCGACCCCGCUCCCGCUGCCCGCGCACCUGGCACAGCCCUCAGACUACUCCGAGGACCUCCGGACGCCGCGUCCCGGCUCACGGGCGUUGUCCGAGUCUUCCUGGGCAGCCGAUGUUGUCGGUGCACUCGAGCGCGGUCCCACGCCCAUCUCGCGUACUACCACCGCCACCACGACCACGACCCUGUCUGCCUACACCGACGACGGCUCCACGCCCAUCGCAGGUGCUGUCCACGAGCUGCUGCUGAACCGCCAGCGCGAGUCGGGCAGCCACUCGGUAUCCGGGAGCCCUGAGGCCUGAGCGCUCGGGA